CGUAUUGUCGGUGGAAAAUCGCAGUAGUCCGGGCGAAUGACGCCCGACGAUCCCGUUUCUCUGUCAUGGGGAGCCCCAUCUAGUUAAUCGUCCACAGCCAUCGCAGCACAUUGCCUGGAUAGCCCGAUCCACAUAAAACCUUUGUUCGUAGCAUCGCGACACACUGUCGGAGAAAAAUCCAAAAUUCCCAGCGCUCGUUUCGGUCAAACUUUAGUCAUAUUUUAAAAAUUUUCAAUUUUCUUUUCGAUAAUUGUUUGAAAUAAGAUCUUCUGCUUUUUGGAUGCUGGAGGCCAUGGCGUCGCAACAGCGCAAAAUGGCCAGGGAUCAACUGGUGGCCACCACCUCGGAGCAGGAGCGCCGCCAGCGGGCCGAGAUGCGUCGCAGCUACGGGAACAAGUUCUCCAGCAUAAAUCUUAACCGGAUGCGGCAGCGGCAGAAUGCUGCCAGUGUUACCAAUGCCACCACCGCCUCGGGGCUGGUUAGUAACAAGGAUGUUACUGUUUCCACAGCUACGCUUUCACAGACAGCGGGCACUCGGCUGCCCUACAAUGCGCCGGCAGCACAGGGCGCGGGGUCCAAGGAAGCACCGCUGCGCAGGAUUGCCUCCAGCUUCGCCCAUGUCCGGGAUCUGCACACGGGAAGUUGUGCCGCCCUGCCGCCGGAGGAUAGCGAAGAGGAUGCCCGUGAGGAGCGCGCCGAGGUGCUUAUUCGCAGUCAGAUCAUGCCAAUGGCUCCGAUUGACGCCACACCGCUCCUCUAUCCGAGUGCCAAGAGCCCCACGGGAACCGACGUCGAUCCCGAAGCAGUGCCCAAGCCAGCGCAGAUCAAGCUGCCCAAGAUCAUACCGGACCCCCUGCAGAUGGAGUCGCGGGCCACCGAACGCUGGCAGCAGCUGGGGAGCACGGUGUCGGCCCUGUUCCGCGCCCGGCGCUACAUCGACAGCCAGGAGACGCCGGUGGCUCAGACCAGGAGGCUGCGGGAGCAGCGGGAACUCCUGGAGGCCUUCACCCGGCCCUUUCUGUACGAGGCCUCCAAGCGGGAAUAGCGGUAGUGGCGAUCACCAUCAUCGCCCCCAUCAGAGCCCCACCAAUUGAAAUUCGCCAUCCGCCAUCCGCCAUCCGGGCCCAUUUGUUGUGAAAACAAAAUCGAAAUCAAAAUCAAAUUCAAAUUCAUUGGA